AGUGAAUAUUAGAAUUGAAAAAUAAUUCGCAGAAGUGAAAAACCCCAAUAUUGGCAGCAACCUGAAAUUGAAUGAUUCAUCAGCAAAAUCAAAAGCUUCCGUUCGCACAGAAGUUAACCUGAUUUUUGCCCCUUUUCGUCAAUCCACCGUUCUAUUCGUUUUCUCCGAUAAGAGGACUGCCGAUCUGGUUCAAAUAGUGGAUAAACUCGGUGCCAUUUUAGAUUAGAGUUUUCGGAUUAUAUUAGCCACUCAGUCUGAAAGUUUCCACCACUGUAUUGUCCCAUGUUUCCCGUUAGUGGUGUACAGCUGGCAGACUUGGAUGGCCUUUCCCACGUCGGGACUUCAUCGUAAAAAUCCAACAGACAAAGUACCUUUUUUUAUGGAGCGAGCAGAAAAUCACAGUGACCAUGAACAUGUUAUUGACAUCACAAGUAGCAGUAACGAUGCUUCUUCAUCUAGUUCAUCCCAUGAGAGGCCAUCAACUAAUUUGGACCAAAGGGGUGAAAAUCAACCAUCUACUAGUUCACGAGUUCCCGUUUAUCAACCUCAAAGUUCAAGAAAUUCAUCUGUAAUUCGAAGAAGGGAUAGUCGAGGCCGUCAAAGGAGUCCACUAAAUUCUGGUGUCUGGAUAUCCGUUGAGCUACUUUUGACAGUUGGCCAAAUUAUUGCAGCUAUUGUUGUUCUGUCUUUAUCAAAACACGAGAAACCGCAUGCUCCUUUGAAAGCUUGGAUAGUGGGCUAUGCAUCUGGUUGUUUGGCAAUUCUCCCUCUCUUGUAUUGGCGUUUUAAACAUCGAAACCAGGGUUCUGAACAGGAUUCAUCUCAACACCGUCAGGAUUCUUCUCAGGCUAAUACCUCUGCUGUUCCUUUGACUAUUGGACCGAUGGAUCGUGAAGAACCCUGGAUAACUGGUGCAGCUACUAGAAUCUCUCAAAACAGAUUACCAAAUCCAAGGAUAAAGGUAUUCGUCGAAUAUCUCAAGAUGGCUUUAGAUUGCUUCUUUGCCGUCUGGUUUGUGGUUGGCAAUGUGUGGAUCUUUGGAGGACACUCGUCUUCCACAGAAGCUCCCAAUUUAUACAGGUUAUGCAUAGUAUUUCUCACCUUCAGCUGUAUCGGCUACGCAAUGCCGUUUAUUCUGUGCGCCACAAUUUGCUGCUGCCUCCCCUGUAUAAUUUCAGUCCUGGGCUUCAGAGAAGAUCUGUCUCAGGAUCGAGGAGCUACACAAGAUUCAAUAAACUCUCUCCCAACUUAUAAAUUUAAAGUAAAGAAAAAUAAAAAAGGCCACGAUAAAGAGAGCACGAGUGAAGUUGAAGGUGGGAUAGUAGCUGCCGGAACAGAGAAAGAACGCACGAUAUCAGGAGAUGAUGCUGUGUGCUGUAUCUGCUUAGCUAAAUAUUUGAACAACGAUGAAUUACGGGAACUGCCAUGCACUCAUUUCUUUCACAAGGAGUGUGUGGAUAAAUGGCUGAAAAUAAACGCGUCUUGCCCACUCUGCAAAGCCGAAGUCGGCGAUACUCUCUUGAGUUCACUUACCGAAGCAACGACUAACCUGAGAAAUAGCACCGUGUUCUAAAAACGCACCAAUUCUUCAAACGCUGCUUUCUUUUCGACCUGCUGUAUAGUUUGAGUAUUAAUUAGGUUGUUAUGUACGUGUAUGUAUGUAUUGCCUUUCUAAUAUCGAGUAUCGUUUUUGUAUGAGAGUGCGAUUUUUAGGUCGUACAAAAAUGAAAAAAAAAUGGUUGUGUAUUUAUGUCAUGAGAAAAUACAUACACUGUCAUGGUAUAUGCAAUCUUGUUUGGGUGUAA